CGCAUUUUGAGCGACGCCCCCAAAUUCCGUGCAGAGUGUUUGCAGACCCUCCGGGACGGAGAGGUGGAGGAGGAAUCGGCAGCUCCGCCGUCCAUAUACACCACAAAUCAGCACGCCAUUAGUUCAUGACUUCAUCCCAUCUGUGACCGGGGGGUUCGGACCGUGUUUACAAGCUCUCCAGGACUCCGAGGCUGCUGCAGAGAAUGGGAAUAGGGAGACAGGCCAAGGCUUGCCAUUUUGGCUGAAGUAACAGCGAGGACGGUUGUCAAUCCCGCAUCGGCGUCAAUCCCCUUCUCCCUCACCUCUUCUCCCACACACACACACACAGAAGGACAAACACCCCCCCCACACAGCCACUGCUAUGUCCGCCGCCGUAGACAUCGCCGGCCCUUCCUCCUCAGAUCAAGCCCACAGCAGCGCUAAAAUCCCCAACGCGCCACUGAGACCCAGCCUGAAGCGCUCCAACCACCCCUACAGCCUCUCCCAUUACAUCUCCACCCCUUCCCAGGCCAUGGACGUCAAAGGCCUGAUCCAGCCCUCCCCAGCCCAGCAGCGGGCCGCCCAGCCUGCACACACCAAGCCCCGCCGCACCCCCUCCUGGCCCGACAUGUGGGAGUCACCCAGCGGGCUCCACCUGGCCCAUGCCGCUGAGCUGCUGAUGCGCGCCGGGCUCCUGGCUCUGACACCCGCCACCACGGAGCAGGCCAACCUGGGCGCACAGAGCAGCCAGCCAGUGAAAAGGGAGGCUAUAGAGGCAAGGGGGGGAAAGGGAGAUGGGGAAGGAAGUGGGUCCGGGCCCGAGGAGGAGGAAGAGGACUCCUCUGGAUGUGGCACCGACUUCCAGCCCUUCCUGGGUGCCUGGUUCCCCUUCAGCCCGGCUCUGUUUCCCCUGGCAGGCUUCCAGAUGGGGGGAGGCCACUGGAGAAGUGCCGCCAUGGGAACCGAGGGCAUCGAGGGGCUGGUGGCCGAGGGCUACUCUCCGGGCUCCCUGGGCGCCGGGAGCGCCAGCAGGAGGAAGAGGAAGAGGUGCGGAGAGUGCGUACCGUGCCGGCGUCAGACGAACUGCGACCAGUGCAGCAGCUGCCGCAAUCGCAAGAGGGGACACCAGAUCUGUAAAUACAGGAAGUGUGAGGAGCUGAAGAGGAAGCCGGGAGGCCCUGGGUUUGAGAGCAGAGUGUCUGGGUUUGACCUCAGGGGGUCCGACUUUACUUUGGGUCUCUCACAGGAGAGAAGCAACGCAGCCUUGGAUGGAUAGUAACGCUUGUGGUGGCAGCAUUUGUCAGAGGAUCCUGGUUGGAUGAUUGUUGAGGAGCUGCGUUUGAAUAAGAACACAUGGGACACAACGUCAACACACUCGGACUGUGAGGUCUCAGAGAUCUCUGCAUCUUGUGUUUAGUGAGGAGCUGCAGCUCGGUUAAAGAAUGUCCAAACUCGUUCCCAUCCUUCCUUUUGACAAUCAGUGAAAUGGAGAGGCGAGAAAGAAGGAUACCAAUGUGUGUCAAUAUUUAGAUGAUGACAAAAAUGCUGUAAAUAGCCUGUAAAUAUCUGGAAAACAUUAUGUCUUUUUUACAUCCCUUUCCAGUUUGGAUGUGUUGUGUUUCGACAUUUAAAAAAAAAAAAAAAGGAGCCAAAUGUUUUGUUUCUAAUGGGGAGUUUUGAUUCUGUUGUUCUGACGUCACUGCAUCAGCAAGAAAUGAAUGAGUUCAGCUUAGGCUAAAUUAUUUCAUGUGCAGCUUGUACUGUAUAGCUCUGUUUGCCCUUUUGAAAUAAAAGAAAUUGGCCAUGUG